UGUGGUGCAUUUCCUACAGCAGGAAAAGUUCUUGAGGGUUUGGUGUCAUGUGGCACAAUUAGAUAUUCUCCUGCUACUUGGCUGCUGUGAAUCACACCCUUAGGUCUGGAAUACGGAACUGCAGGAUUCCCGACCCGUCUUGCACACAGAGUGCUUAAAGAGUGAAAUUUUAGUAUUGACAGAAUAAAAUGGCAUCAUCAUCAUUAAACACUCAGAUCUGAGAUUACAUGGAUACUUUACUUUUGAGUUUAGAUUUUUUUUGCUCCCUUCCCCUCCAACGUGAAGAAAGCACUUUUUUUUUUAGACGACAAUUUUCACAAGCAGAAGCAGCAAGGUUUCAGACAUGAGCUGCUAUGCAACCUGCUCUCCCCAAACAGGUUCAUUUGGGAGGGCUUCGAUGAGUGUCACGUCCAAUGCCUUGCUGCUUUCAGUUUUACCUGUCAGGGCUCGGAUGGGAGCUGUGGUUAAAAACUGCCCAGAGCCCCAAGUCAGAACGUAAGGGUGCGCAUUGCCUGCGAGCUGACGGGGUUUAAAUAAUCACCUGCAGCUGAACUGAGUCUCGGAUGGGAAGUAGGAAGUGCUGUACUCAGGCUUCCUGUAUAAAGAAAUGCAGAUUUCCCACAGCUACUGCAUACAACCUGCGGGGUGCGUUUAGGAUGUAAUGGCAGCGUGCGCUUAUUAGCAGGGAGGGGAUGAUUUCUCCGAGUGGCAGAGGGGCUGGGAGACGAGUCCUGCUGGAGUCCUUAAAAGUGUACAGCUGUCAGAUACCCAGAGAAGAGGAAGGGCGUGCGAGAGCAAUCUGCUCCGCUCCUCGCUGCUCCUCCGGAGCUGUGUGACACCGUGGUUCGUGGGAAUGCCGGAGUGUGAGUGCAGCCGCUGAGAAGUCACACAGCUGGCAGUGGGUGCCACUCUCCUUCCAAGGUAUGCUGGAAUACAGCGUUCUGUCUGUUUCUUCCUUAAGAGCCAAGGAUACCCUAAAAGAACAGAAAGCCAGCAUAUGCUUCUAAUGGAAGAAAGUGGAAAAGGCUAUUUUUUUUUUAAGGCUGAGUGCACCAUUUACGACUGAAUGGGCUCUGCUGGGAAGGCUUGUCCUCACACCAUGACAGCUGACAAGUCAGAAGCUGGAGAGUUAGCUCUGGAGCCUCUCCUCACUUGCAAGCUAUGUCUCUGUGAAUAUUCCCUGGAUAAGAUGACCACUCUUCAGGAAUGCAGCUGCAUCUUUUGUACAGCGUGUCUAAAACAGUACAUGGAGCUAGCAAUUCAAGAGGGUUGUGGUUCCCCUAUCACAUGUCCAGACAUGGUAUGCUUGAACCAUGGAACCCUACAAGAAACAGAGAUUGCCUGUUUGGUUCCUGUUGAACAGUUUGACUUAUACAAGAGGCUGAAGUUUGAACGAGAGGUCCACUUGGACCCCCAGAGAACAUGGUGCCCCACAGCCGACUGCCAGACAGUGUGCCACAUCGCAGCGAGCGAGUCGGGAGCACCGGUGCCAGUGGAGUGCCCCGCCUGCCACCUGACCUUCUGCUCCUCUUGCAAGGAGCCGUGGCACAGGCAGCACCUGUGCCAGGAAAACCAAACUACUCUGGUACCAGCCGAGCAGGGAUCCCUUAUUGGAGCGGAGACAGAGUCACCAAUUAAGCAGUGCCCAGUCUGUCGAAUUUAUAUUGAGCGAAACGAGGGCUGUGCUCAGAUGAUGUGCAAGAACUGCAAGCACACGUUUUGCUGGUAUUGUUUACAGAACUUGGAUAAUGAUAUUUUCUUACGACAUUACGACAGAGGCCCUUGCAGAAACAAGCUGGGCCACUCAAGGGCUUCAGUGAUGUGGAACAGAACACAGGUUGUGGGGAUCCUCGUUGGACUAGGUAUCAUAGCAUUGGUGACCUCCCCCUUGCUGCUUGUGGCAUCUCCAUGCAUCAUCUGUUGCAUUUGCAAAUCUUGCCGGAACAAAAAGAAAAAGCACAGCCUGCCGACAACCUAAAACUGUGUCUUUUUGAGUCUCCAUCUGUACUACAUAUGUAUGUGAGAAAGCACAAGGGUUGUGUUUUGGUGCCAUACCUACCAAAUAAUGCUCCCUUUUUUUUGCCAAUUUUUAGGAUAAGUGCCUAUUCUCGACAGGUUACUCUAUCACUAACAAGUCCUAGUGGGGGAAAAGUCUAGAUUAUUGCGCAGUACAUAUAGUGUAGGUUUUUGCUUCCUGAAGAGGAAAACAGGACACCAUUCAGUACUUUAUACCAUAAAUAUGGUCUACCAUUCAAGACUGAUAGAACAUUCCCAUUUUCCAUCAGCUGCACGUGACUUGAUCCUGCUGCAUUACUCUGUCUUUGCAGAUCCAGUCAUUACUGUUGUGCUUGCUGUUGGUUCGUGGUGACACUCAGAUUUCUCAGAAAGUUUUGGGUCUUUUGUAAAAGAGGGAGAGGGAAAAGCCUGACUAGGUUCUUCUGUCUGCUAGCUUGUGUCCAGUUAAAUGUAACAAACCAUUCAGAAAAUAUGUUUGGUAAUUUCCCGUCAAUUGGCUGCCAUGGCAUUUCUUUCAGCAUUGAAAUGCAUUUGAUUUUUACCAUUUAUCUCAACUACAGAAGUAAAAAAACAACAAACUGUUCUUAAGAUAGGGCUCUCUUUUGAGAGACUGGACUACCUUGAGAAAGCUGCUUUUUUUUUUUUCCACAUCAAACAUGGCAUAUCUAGCAUGAAAUAUUAGGAGUAUGCCUAUUUCCCUAGCAUUGGGCAUGCCUUUUGUCAGUACCAUGGGUGUAGCAAACUCAUGGUGAAGGUAAUAUUGUAAGAAAGGCUGUGAUACAGUUCCCAUUUAGUGCAGAGCAUUGGGAUCCUGGUUGCAUGCGUACAGAGGGAUGGCAUGGGCACAGAUAUACCAAGUACAUAUAGGCAGUCAGUAGAUUUUUUUCAACAGUUUACAUGGGUUGGCAGCAAGAACUCUGUUAAAAAGUUAUUGAAACCAGGCUAAGCCAAGCCUUCCUUCAAAACCUUAUGGACCUGCUGAAGUGAAUACUUGAGAAAUGCUGUGUAAAUGUGAGCUCUGUCCUUUGGUGGGUAUUUCUUUCGUCCUGCUCAAGGUUAACAAACUCUGUUGCUGAUAAUUUUUAGUUACUCUGAAUCUGGAAGGCUGUCAUUUAAUAAGUGCUUCAUUUUAAUUUGGUGCCUCACCACCAAACCAGUUCAGACCCUGGUAUCGGUUACACCUGUAUAAGUUCACUGAAAGCUCACUGAAGAGCUGGAAUUACUCCAGGCUCAGUCAGGAGUAGCUGGGAUCAGACUCUCCUCCCUGGAGUUUAUUUCCUUAAUGGAUGGUGCUCCUCAAAACCGGGGCUGGUGGCGCUUUUGUUGUGGACUCCCGUGUGUGCAUUCUGUAUCUGUGGGAACAGGUACAGGUUUGCACCGUGUGCUUGGCUGUAAUUCCAAACCCCUUUCCGCCUGGGCUGCGAGGUUUGAAGGAGAUGCUCGGCCCGCGCGCGGUGCCGGGCUCGCGCUCCGCCCGGCUGUCUCCGAGCGCGCAGCGCGGGUCACCCGGAGAGUGCUGCCAGGGUGACUGUGUGGUGUUUGGCCGAGCCUCAGGAACUUUGCCUUCUUGGCAGCUGUAAAUGUGACCUUUUUUCUGUUUAACUUCCCUCUCUGGUUACUGUAACAAAAGUGGCAGGUGUUCUUUUGAGAAAGUGUAGUCUGUUGAGCAGACUAGCAAGAACAGAGGCCUUUAAUAAUACUGUCUGUUUUACUUUUUAAUUGAUUUCUUUUAUAAAUACUGUCUGACUUUGCUACCAGUCGUGGCUGGAGGGCAGGUAGUGCUCGCCAGUGUGAAAGGCUGUAUUUAUUCUUCAUCCUCAGCUUUGAAGGGAAGCAGAACGGUAGACAGUACAUUCUAAAUACAGAGUGCAAUGCAGGCAACUGCCAUUUAUAAUAAAUAAAGAAUGUUUUCUGUAUGUGUUUUCUUGAAGAGCACUAAUGGUAGUGCUUUGGGGUACUUGUGACAGAUUAAAGUGUCCAGCCCUUGGCUUUGCACUAUUUUUCUACCUACGUUUUUAUGGCACUACUGUCAUUUCCAUUUUAUUUAUGAACUUGAAGUUGCAAGUCUUACUUUAUUGUUAAAGCCUCAAGGACAAAGAUGUAGGAGCUCUGUACAGUCUCUUGAAGCAUAACCAGCAUUGCAAUGUACCAAUAUCCUUUGCAUGUUAAAAUGUGAGGAUUUUUCAUGUUUUCUGAUCUUACCAAUAACUGGUGCAUCCUUUGCUAGUCUGGUUUCUUUCCUUGUCCUCUCCCUCUUUCUGUUGGCCUGUUUUUGCUAAAAUGCCUAUUGGAAUGAAGGUGUCAGAUCUUUUUUUUUCAUUAAUACUGUUGUGUUAAUGAAAAAAACAUUCUUCCCUCUGUUAAAAAAAUGCAGUGGAAGGCACCUGUCUUGCAGCAGUUUAGGUGCCUGGUGGGUGUACCAAAACUGGUAUAAAUUAACCAUGCAGGAGUUAACACAGCCUGGCAGUCUCUGUGCCAGUCCAGGCAUCUAAGAAAUCUAGAUGGGGAUUGGUAGUCCAGGAUUUUGCUGGAGGUCUUUACACAAAAGCUGGAUAAGGAGAGCAUGAGCUACAGGGACCCCUUCCUUUGGCUGUGUAGGUGCAAAAAAUGGACCAAGAAAGAAGUUCUAGACAUCUUCAGAGCUUAAACUUAAAGCUUUACAACAACAAUUUUCUUUAAAAGGCUGUGUCCAGUGCCCCAGGUAUCCUGGCUUUUUAUUGCAUGGGAAUACUUGAGUAUGUGCUUUAAGUAGACCCUAGCCUGGCCAGGUGGAGCAGUACCUGUGCUGAAGUGCUGGAGCAGGAAAGCCCUGUUACUUUGUUUUCCAGAAGGCAGCUAUUUUGCAGCAACUGGCUAUGCUCACAGAGUUUCCAGAGAAACAUUUUGGCAGAAAUCUUUUUACAGUGUUGGCUUUUGCUUUUGUGUUGCUUUGGUGUUUUUUUUUUUCACUUUAUAAGAAGCAUUAAAGUCACUUUAUAAAAGAUUUAUUGAAAGCAUGACAAAUAAUGCUAGUAAUAAUUAGGGAGAACAAAAAAAAAAAAAAAAAAAAGGACUCUGACUACAUCUGACUCUUCUUAAUAAAGGUGUGUGUAAAUCCACCCUCCUGAGCUCCAUCUGUGUGAUGCAGUAGUGCACAUUGCUACCAGGCUUCGCUGCUCUUCCCGUCUCUCUUCUUGCCCCUGUGGCAGGUGGCUGGUGUGGGGCCAGCAGCCAGGGGAGAGCUCAGGGCUGUGGCAGUGCAGGUAACACAGGAGCACAUUGCCCACCCUGGACUCAGCACCAGUUUGUUCUUGGGCCUUUAACCACUGAGAGACACCUUGGUGGUUUUAGGCCUUUAAUGUCACGUUGAGAGCAUUCACAGACGUCUCUCUUGGAGAACAGAAGUGGAAAGUACUCCAUUCCUUCUGAACCAGGAGCAUUGAGACCUUAUGAAAAUUGGGCUCUAGGUGUUUACAAGUCAGCCCCUAAACUUAAGAGACCAGUGUUAGAAAUACGGAUUUGUGCUGCAUCUGGCCACAAAUCUCCUUGGCUACAUUUCACAUCAUUUCCCAUCAGUCACUAGGUCUGUGUCAAAUACAGCUGAAGAUCCUAUUCAGGAUUCCAUGUCCUUGAAUUAAAAUGAGGAUGAUGAUACCUGCUCCCAAAUCCAUCUCUUAAUAAAAUAUUUGUCAUGCUACAGUGUAAGUGCAUCUCUGCAGUAUUUAUUCCAGAACUAUAGUGGGUGUUCAGUGCUGCCCUUCAGUAAGUGAUGGUUUAUUUUUGGUGAAUGGGGUUGCUUCCCCCAAAGAAGGGCACGAGGGGUAACAAUAAUGAAUGUUUCUCAGUGCUUUAAUGAUGCUGAAUGCUAAGUCUUGUUGUCUGUCCAGUAACACAGCAUGAAGUCCAAAGAUAAGUUUGAUAUGUACACAAAUUUUACUUGAAUGAACUAAGAGAAGCUGGAUAUUGCCUCCAUAUUUGCAUGAAGAAAUAAAUACAGGUGGAAAGAUACAACUGCAUUUCCACAAUGGGACAAUAAAAUCAAUUUUUGGCUGCUCCAUUUUUUGGUACCACAAUGGGUGGUUGUGCUGUAGUGCCUGCUGCUUUAAAAAAUUGAAAUCGGUUUUGCACUGUAAUCUCCUUCUCCCAGUCAUUCUUUCUUAAACUAAUUCCUUUUAUGAUCUUAUUUUUCAUCCUGUAUUUCAGGCCAAAGAUUCUUAGAGCAAAGGUAGUAGAUUUCUUUGUAUGAGGAUAAAAUCUUCCAACCAUUUUCUCCCAGGUUUUAAAAAGAAAUUUGAUGCUGAGUUACCUGACCCAAGAUAAAAAUUCCAGACUUGGCUUGUUUAGACAAACUUAUUGAGUUAAGAAGUUCUCUUGCAAGACCUAAAUAAGGGGUGCUUUGUUAGAGCUCAUAGAUAAGGGAGCCCUACAGUUUUUGAGCUUCACAGAAGAGAUGCUUCUGCUGUUAAACAGACUUCUUUGGAAAUGUGCUGGGGAAAAGAAAUUUAAGUCUACAUCCUGUAUAUGUAUUUUUAUUAUAUAAAUCAAAAAUACCUUUCUUGUAUAGAUUCAUAAUUUAGGGAUUCAGACUCUCUGGGGGCUUUCUAGGGUAUACUUACCCAGGAAGAUAAUCUUAUAAAUAUGCUGAGGCAGUUGAACAGAGUGUGCUAGUUAUAAAACAGUUAUCAGACAUCUCUCACCCAUGAUUGUGUGGGAUGAGAUCAUAAUUUACAUGGCUGAAAAUAAAGAUGUGAAAAUUUACCUUUCCUGGAACAGCAAGAGUUGGUUCUUCUGCAGUCUUCUGGAAGGUUAACUUAUUGCUAAGACUCUAGAGAACUUCAGUCUCAUUUUCAUUUGUCCUCUAGUUAGUAAAGUAAUGAAGUGAGAGCUGAAUGGUGUUGCUGAACAGGAAGCCCAAAGGUCUGUCUUGUGUCACGACCCUCAAGUUUGUCAUACCCAAUGUGAUUUAAUAAUUUAUUAUUAUAAUUAAUGCAAUGCAAAUAUAAUUUAUAAUUAAUAAUUAUAAAAUACUAAGGAUGAAGUAUCAUUGCCUUUAUCGUAUGAUAGAUUUAUUUUAAUUGCAUUCAUAUUGAAAGGUUUUUCUCUUCUGCUUCCCAUAGAGAAGGUCAUGGUGCGCCUGGCAAAGUAAAUUUCUGUGAUCUGGUGCAGUUCACAGUAAAUGUUUCCUACUAUUUGGUAGUUAUAUCAGAGGGCUUUUUAUGAUCCCUCAACUUAAUUCUUUGAAUUGAGAAAAUCUCUACUGUUAGGAAAGGUAAUUUCCUAGCAAUGAAUUUUAUUGACCAUCACAAUCUGAGCCAUAAAAGGUGAUACUUUAAUCUGAGAUAUAAAAGGUUGACAAGGUCCACCAGCUCUUUAGAGGACACAACCUCAUUUUCUCCCUUCUUCCCAAGAAACUUGCUCUUUUCUUGGAUGAAAAUGAAGGAUGUCAGUAAUUUUCUUGUGCCUUCUGGAUGUCCAGACAGAAGCUGCAGCUUCUGGUGGCCAUGUGCCAGAAGAUCCCAGACAGGUUGAAUGCGCAAUGCUGCAGCAUGUGUGCAGUGAGUUGCUUAAAUUUCAAAAAGGUGCCUGAGCUUUAUGGCUUCCUAGGGCCUAUGCAGGGAUUCAUCCAGAUGAUUCAUCCAAGUGCCACCACCUCUAUGGCACGUGUUGUGCUGGGCCGUCUCACCAUGUUCAACUGUAUCCCAGAUGGUUAUCAGGGGUCUUAUCUCAAGCUUGCCCUUUCCAUAGUUACCCACCCACGUCCAAAACUCCCCAGAACUCAGAGCAAAUCUGUUCAUUUUCCAAGUCUCCUGCUGCUGGCCUGGUUCAGUGUCACAGAAGCUUCAGUUCACAUGAGCUAUUUGGAGCUCAGCCAGUCUGAUCAUUUACUUUUCUCUAAUGAGCAAGGCUUGGGAAUGAAGAGGAGCAUAACUAUUCUGUAGGCUGGUAUUGGCAUCAUAGGCACCAAGGGUCAAUGUGUAAGAGCUCUUUUAACUGCCCCAGCAUUGCUCAUUUCUGAAUAAAGCCCGUGUUUUAAAUGUGUGUAGAUGGAAGUGUCCAAGUCUGACAGUGUUUGUGCGUGUGGUGUGAACCAGCAGCAGCCACCGACCCCUGUCCUGCCCCUCGCAGAUUUUACAUUCUGUUUAUCUGGUUUUUUGGGUUUUUUCUUCUCCUCCAGGUAAUACACUUUCUUCACCACUUUUCUUCCGGUGAAGGGCAAAAGGGUUUGAUCUUUGUAAGAUUUGUUAAAAUAUUUUUGUGUUUAUAAGAAGAAAGCUGACAUAUAUAAAGAAAUAAGUGCUUUUGUAAUUUUUUUUGUGUGUGGUAUGAUUCAGCAUUUAAAUGUUUUACAGAUGCAGUUUUUUGCACUCUCUCUGCAUAUAUCCAUUAAAAUGGUAUUUAUUUUCUCUCUUUAAGGUUUACUUUGGUUUUUUUUUUUUCUUCUGAUGUUAUAAAAUGCAAUAUGUGCAACAUUAAAAAAUUAGUGUAAAGACA